GUGUGGGGUGAUGGGGUUGGGGGUGAUGAUAAGGUUGGGGGGAUGUUGAUGAGGAGGGGGGUGAUGAUGAGGAUGGGGAGCUGCGGUGUGGGGCUGAUGGGGCUGGAGGGGGGUUGGUGAGGCUGGGGGGUGUGUUGGUGACGAUGGGGUUGUUGAUAAGGCUGGGGGGUGCUGAAGAUGAUGAGGGGGUGAUGAUGAGGAUGCUGGCGCGUGGGUGCGGGGGCGAUGCGGACGCCGCGGAGCUGCCGGGGCCGGGGGUGCCGGGCCGGGGGCGUGCGGGGGUUCCCGCGCGGAGCGGCGCGCAGCGAGCGCGGCCCCGCGGAGCCGGAGCGCGCCGCCCCGCCCCCGCCCCGCCGCGCCCGGGGGGGGUAGCGGCGGCGGCGCCGCGCUGACGGCUCGGUGGGCACCGCGAUGCUGCGGGCCGCGGCCGAGCGGGGCUGAGCGGCGGCGGGGGCCGGCGAGCGGAGCCCAGGGAAGGGGGGGCCGCGGCGGCGGCGGGCGGAGGGGAGGGCGGGCGGGCGGGGGGGGGGGGGGGGGCGGCGAGCGAUGGAUGAGGACAACAUGACGAGGAGCGAGGAGCAGGAGCUGAGUCUGCAGAAGGCGCUGCAGCAGUGCGAGCUGGUCCAGAACAUGAUCGACAUCAGCAUCUCCAACCUGGAGGGGCUCCGCACCAAGUGCGCCGCCUCCAACGACCUCACGCAGAAGGAGAUCCGCACCCUGGAGGUACGGGCCCGCCGACCCCCCCAACAUCAACAUCCCCCCAUCAGUCUCCCCCCCCACCCCCCCCCCGGCCGCGGCGGGUUCCCCCGCGGCGCUGCGGUGCGCCCGAGUGAGGCUGCGCGCUCUGCAGGUGGCCCCGAGGUGGGUCCGGGACCACCGAACCCUCCUGCCGGGACCCACCGGGGACGCGCGGCCCCGGCCGCAGCCUCCCGGUAUCCCCGGCAUCCCCCGGCCCGGCCGCGUCCCGCCCCCGGCUUCCACCGCCCGGCAGGCGGCAUCCCCCCGGCCCACCUGCAUCCCCCGGCCCACCUGCAUCCCCCGGCCCACCUGCAUUCCCCGGCCCACCUCCUGGCUGCAUCCCUCUCCCUGGACUGCAUCCUGCGGCCCACCUGCAUUCCUUGUGGCAGGCUGCAUCCCACGGGCCUGGCUGCAUCCCUCCACUAG